AUGUAUUUUCUUACCGUGACUGGCAACAUAAUCAUAAUCAUUACCUUCAAGACAGACAGCCACCUUCAAACCCCUAUGUACUUCUUCUUAGGAAAUCUAUCCAUCUUGGACAUAGGCUAUACAUCUUCAACUGUCCCUAAACUGCUCUCUAUCUUGCUGAUGGAGGUGCACACAAUUUCCUUUGUUGACUGCUUUCUACAGAGCUACUUCUUCUUCUUCCUUGGAACCGUGGAGUGUUUUCUCCUUGCAGCAAUGGCCUAUGAUCGGUACGUGGCCAUUUGCUACCCUCUCAGAUAUCCAACGAUCAUGAAUAAAAGAGUCUGUGUACUUAUUGUGACUGCCUGUUGGACAGGUGGCUGCCUGGCCCCUAUGCUAGCUGCAAUAAUGGCGGCAAACCUGCCCUAUUGUGGACCCAAUGGAAUAAACCAUUUCUUUUGUGAUAUCCCACCAUUAUUGAAACUAGCCUGCAUUGACACAUCACUUGCAGAGAAGAUUGUCUUUUUGCUUUCUGCUGUCAUAAUUCUGAGCACAUUUCUGUCUACUGUUGUCUCUUACAUCUACAUUACUGUAACCAUUUUAAGGAUACCCUCUUUACACAGGCGCCACAAAGCUUUCUCCACUUGUGCCUCUCAUUUGACCGUUGUUUCUAUUUAUUAUGGGACCGUGAUAUUCAUGUAUGUAACUCCAACUGCCCGUUCAUCUUUUGACUUGAACAAAAUCAUAGCUGUGAUGUACAGUGUGGUUACUCCGAUGCUUAAUCCAAUGAUCUACACCCUGAGGAAUCAAGAUGUCAAAAGAGCUGUGAAAAGAAUUGUAGGAAUCAAAAUCCAGCUAAGUCUGUUAAACUGUUCAAUUUCCCCCAGUUUACAAUUCUGCUAUAACAGGGGCGAAAAAGAUGCUUUGGAAUAA